AUGUCAAGUGGGAAGGUAACAAAUGCUAUGGUCAAUCGGAAUGGAAAAAGUCUCAAAAAUAGUAUGGAGUUUCAUAAUCCCGAUAGAAAAAAAGAUGAUGAACAAACAAAGGAAAAGAGAUUGAGGUCCAAUAAUGAUGAGCCAAGGCCAAGUGGGAUUAUGGUUGAAAAGUCAAAGAUAAAUGAGUGCCAAAUUGUUCUUGUACCAUUAAGCAUUAUUCUUCCCACUUUCCCAAAAUGGUUCACACCAAAGGGAGAAAAUGAAAAGUUCAAAAAAAUUUUUGAUAAAUUUAGCACCCUAUCUAUUAAUAUUUCUCCAAUUAAAGCUUUGCCAGAUAUGUUGGGGUAUGCUAAAUUUGUAAAGGAUUUGGUAUCUAAGAAGUGGCUUGUGAAGGAUGAAACAAUAGAAAUAACACAUCAUUAUAAUGCCAUUAUUUCAAGCACAUUGGCGAUAAGGAAAAAAAACCUUUGUUCUUUUACAAUCCAAUGUACUAUUGGAUUGUUUAAGUUUCUGAAAGCAUUGUUUGACCUUAGAGAAAGUGUAAAACUAAUGCCAUAUGCCAUAUUCCACAAGCUCGGAUUAGGAAAGCUGAAACCUACUAUGAUGAAAUUGCUCAUGGUCGACUGGUCCAUCAAGAAACCAAUGGGAGUUCUUCAUGAUGUUCUGGUCAAAGUUGUUUAG